ACCACAGGAGAAUGGGUAAGAUAUCGCUAUACGGCUUGGACGCCAGUCCGCCCACUCGGGCUUGUCUGCUCACCCUGAAGGCUCUGGAUCUGCCCUUCGAGUAUGUGUUUGUCAAUCUGUUCGAGAAGGAGAACUUCAGCGAGGAUUACUCGAAGAAGAACCCGCAGCACACGGUGCCACUCCUGCAGGACGAUGAUGCCUGCAUCUGGGAGUCCCAUGCCAUCAUGGCCUAUCUGGUGGACAAGUAUGGGGCAACCGAUGAGCUGUAUCCGAAGGAUCUCCUCCAGCGGGCCAAGGUGGACCAGCUGAUGCAUUUCGAGUCGGGCGUUGUCUUCGAGGCCGCCCUUAGGAGACUCACCCGGCCGGUGCUCUUCAAUGGCGAGUCCACCUUACCCCGAAACCAGGUUGACCACAUCAACCAGAUCUACGACUUUUUGGAGUCCUUUCUCGAUGAUCACGAUUACUUGGCCGGCGACCAACUUACCAUAGCCGACUUCAGCCUCGUCUCGACCAUCACCUCGAUUGGUGUUUUCCUAGAGCUGGAUCUGGCCAAGUAUCCUAGGAUUGCAGCCUGGCUGGAGAGGCUCAAGGAGCUGCCCUACUACGAGGAGGCCAACGGCAGCGGAGCCGCCCAGUAUGUCGAGCUCAUGAGGUCCAAGAACUUUACCAUUGUGCCUUAGAGAAAGGUCCUAACCUAUGUUAACAAAUGCAAAAACAACCAUAAACACAAAAAUAAGAAUCGUAAAGCUCAUUAGCAGUUGGAAAUAUCUUCACAAAGAUUUUUAGCUCUACCUAAUCCAAUAAAAUAAUUAAAGCACUCCCUUAAA